GGGCCCCCAUGACGGCGGCGGCGACGGUGCUCAAGGAGGGCGUGCUGGAGAAGCGCAGCGGCGGGCUGCUGCAGCUGUGGAAGCGGAAGCGCUGCGUGCUCACCGAGCGUGGGCUGCAGCUCUUCGAGGCCAAGGGCACCGGCGGCCGGCCCAAGGAGCUCAGCUUCGCCCGCAUCAAGGCCGUGGAGUGCGUGGAGAGCACUGGGCGCCACAUCUACUUCACGCUGGUGACCGAGGGCGGCGGAGAGAUCGACUUCCGCUGCCCCCUCGAGGACCCCGGCUGGAACGCCCAGAUCACCCUGGGCCUGGUCAAGUUCAAGAACCAGCAGGCCAUCCAGACAGUGCGGGCCCGGCAGAGCCUAGGGACUGGGACCCUUGUGUCCUAACCGCCAGGCAUCCCAUCUUACACUUAUGCCCCCCAACCACCGCGGUAUCCAGAGGUCAUGCCAGCUUCCCUACCCCUCUGGUGCAUACGGGCACGAUUGCUCCAUUUGGCGAGGCAGAAGCCAUGGACGUGCAGAGCAGGCCUUGGAGCUGAAGGAAUGGACGGGACCCGAGA